GUCAGCUACUUAGAAAGGUAAGUAGUUCUGGUGAUUUUCUGGGAACGUUCAUUUCCAUACUUGCAAGGCAAAGAUUUAAAAGCUCUUUAGCCACUGGCAGAAAAUGGAUCUUUCAAUGAACAUCAAUCCACUCCUGCACCAGGCAUGGGAGGAGUUUGCAUUCUGUCCCCAUGAAUGCUUCCUGACAUAAACAGCUUGAAGAUUGAUCUCAGAAACCUGGCUCUCUUACUAAGCCAGCAGCCUGUAUGUUCACUUGCUGCAUGUGGUUUUGCUGGUUUGGGGCAUGAUUUUUUCCAAGUGUUGGAGGAGAAAACAUGCCAGAGAUUAUGUACCUUGUGCUGUUCCCACUAUUUUCCAUAGCCUUGCAUGCCAAAAGACUAGGCUAGGAGACACAUAAUUUGCCAGGUCUGAAAUUAUUUUCCUGUUUGUGACUGUCCUUUCUGCAAGGUUUUCCAAAGGGUGUUGGCAGUGCUGCACACCCACUUGCCUUUAGUAAAAGCUGUGAAAACUGUGUCUCCUUGCUGCUGGAGGGAAUGGGGCAAUUUGUGUCUGAAGAUGAUGAAGCAGCUGCUGGGAUGUGUCCACUUCCAGAUUGAUCUUUUUCCUCACUAAACCUCCUUUUUCCCCUGCUUGCCACCUAAGCCGUCUCCUUUUCCAUGGAUGUGCCUUCCUCCUUUAGGUGGCACAGAUGGCAGGCACUGGCUAGCCUAGGUGGAGUGUGUCUUCAUUUGAUUCCAUCUUCAUUUACCAGUGACCUGGAAACAAAACUCAGCUGUAGUCUUUUCUUCCCCACAGCAAUUUAGCUGUGCACGUUCAGCUCUACGCUGUUGCUUUCCUCUUGCAGCUACCUUGUGGAUGAGGCUGUCCUGCUGGUGUUGGAAUAUAUGGAUGGAGGCUCCUUAGCUGAUGUGGUCACCGUGAGAAGGAUGGCUGUAGGACACAUAGCAACAGUGUGUCGGGAGUGCCUGCAAGGCCUGGCUUUCCUUCAUGCCAAGCAGGUGAUCCACAGAGACAUCAAAAGUGACAACAUCCUUCUGGGCCGGGACGGCUCCGUCAAGCUGGCUGAUUUUGGCCUCUGUGCUGUGCUCAGCCCUGAGCACAGGAAACGGAGGUCGAUGGUCGGGACCACUUACUGGAUGGCACCCGAGGUGGUGAGAAGAGAGCCUUACGACCCCAAAGUGGACACCUGGUCCCUUGGCAUUGUGGGAAUAGAAAUGGCCACAGGAGAGGCUCCUUAUAUGCAGGAGACCAGUGUCAAGGCCAGCUACCUGAUAGGCAAGCAAGGGGUUCCAAAUCUGCACCAGCUCAGGCUACCCCCUGGCUUGUGUGAAUUUCUGGGCUGCUGCCUGCAGAUGGAUGUGGACAGGCGAGGCUCUGCCAAGGAACUUCUGCAGCAUCCAUUUCUGCAAUCAGCGGAGCCUCUCUUAAGCCUCUUCUGACAGCCUGAUUGCUGCCAUCCCUGCAGCAAGGGAAUGCAGGAAGCAAAGGAGAUGACAAGGACCACUUCAGCACUGGAGAACAGAGCCUCUGAGAGCACGUAGGAAUCCAGAGGAGAGAGGGGCCGGGAAAGAGGCAGCCAUCAGAGCAGGAAAGGAAGGUGGCAUCUCCUCUUGUCCCACCUGCUGAUCCUCCUUCUGAAUUUCUGGUUUGGACAGCAUUGCUGGAGGGCACAGAGUCACUACUGACGUGCAUUUUCAGGU